CAUCUAACGAAAGGCGCCAUCUUAUAGUCAAACCGACAGGAAGCGGUUUUCACCAGUUCUGUGUAAAUUAGAAGUCUGAAACAUAUUAGUUUGAAACUGGCACUCAGCAGUUUCAGUCAACUCCUUACUAAAACAAUACAAGUAGAGGUCGCGUCUGAACACUGUCUCGAUCGUUAGAAAAUGUUUGGCUCAACGAACACAGGAUUUGGAGGUACCUCGUCAACUUUUGGUUUUGGUACCUCUACUUCUACGACGAAUAGCCUCGGCCUUGGAACGCUGGAUAACCCAAUGAAAGACUUGGAAAUACAAAGUCCGCCAGAUGACACAGUUAGUUCUUUGAAGUUCUGUCCGAAAGCUGACUUCCUUAUCGCAUCAUCUUGGGCAAAUGAUGUGAGUGUUUGAAAUCUGCAUUUGUUUGCUUUCUACGAUCCUUUCUACUAGCUAUGCUUUGAUCAUUUCACUCCUAAAAUUGAUAUUUUCAUCGUCCUUAUCUGUUAAUUUGAAAAAUAAACCUCCCUUAUCUAAGGAAGGCAAGCUUCAGAAUACAAUUAUCAGUUGGUCAAUUUAGGGCAGACAUGUACAUGUGUACAUACACGAUAAAGGAUAACCAGCUUUCCUUCAGAUUAAGACACCUCCAAAGUUUGCCAAAAAAACUAUCAAUAAUAUUAUUUUAAAAAAGCAAAAGCUUAAGAGGAUAUAUUUUGUGUGAAAUAAAUAAAUUCCAAGCUCUUUAGAUUGCAUUAAUGACCUGAAAUAACUGAUGGCAUGUAUCUACAAAACUAGGGGUAAUCUUCACCUCAUUGCUAAUGUACAAAAGAGAAACUUAAUGAAUCUUUUGGCUUGGUUUCCUCGUAAAGAAUUGAUAAUAACUCAUCAUUAUAGAGAAAGACAAAUAAAAAACAAUUUUAUUCCCCUUGAGAAAUCAAACCUCAGAUUUUCAGUGUCCUUGCACCAAGGUUUGUUUUCUUAAUGGGACUGAUUUUUUUACUUUAUUCAACAUUGUGUAACUAGUGGAAUAACAUCCCUCCUUAUUCCACUACAGAGUUCAUAAUUUGCCAUCUUUCUCACUCCCAGAGUGCAAAUUAUUUUUUUGUCUCUGUUAGAUUCGAUGUUGGGAAGUCAGAGAAGAUGGUCAGAUUGUUCCUAAGGCACAGCAAAAUCAUACAGGUCCAAUCCUGGAUUGCUGCUGGCAUGAUGUAAGUUAUUUGCUUUGCACUACUAUCUUUACUCCUAUAUGUGUUAUGUUUUGCAGUAUAUACUGAUGUUGGCUUCUGCAAGAUUUCUUUGCCCUGUUUUUGCUGUUUAUUUGUAGGAUGGCACAAAAGUGUUUACAGCAUCCACUGACAAACAGUGUAAGAUGUGGGAUUUGAAUUCCAAUCAAGCCAUCCAAGUGGCUCAGGUAAUACAAAUGCACUUUCCACAUCUCAGCCAUAUCACAUUUGACCCUUUAACUCCCAUGGGUCAUCAAGAUAGAAUUUCUCCUUACAAUAUUAAUACACUACCAAGCAGAAAGGUGAUGAAAAUAAGAAAAAAUAUAAAUUGGGGGUGUAUUUGGUGAACCAAUACCAAAUUCUCUAAAUUUGCAUGUUAACCCUUAAACUCCCAAAAUCUGAUUGACAAUUCUACCCUCUAGCUACUACACAUUUCCUUGUAAAUUGAUUAUGAGAAUUAGGUGUUCAAUCAAGGUAAUAAAUUUUGCCUAAUGAGUUUGAGUAUUCUCACAACCUGUUUGCUGUAUAAUGCAUGGAUACUAUGUGGAGAAGUUACAUGAUAAUCACUUCUGGGAGUUAAAGAAUUAAGAAUUGUAUGGCAGACAUCAAAGAGAAGUACUGAUGCUCAAGAAAAUAUAUGUUUUUAUCAAAGAACAGAGAAUACACUAUUCUUUUUUGCCCUCAGUAAUUCACAUCAAGCUAAGAAUUCUUUGGAAUUCAGUAGUUUGUUUAGUGACAGAGGCAAAGAGGGCUUACAAACUGAACCCUUUCAGUACCAAGAUCUCAAGCAUAACUCACAAUCUUCCACGCUUUUUUAAUGUUAGCUCUAACAUUCCCCAAUUGAUAAGUUUCUUUACUUUCAUCACUUGUCUGGUUAUUAGUGUAUUUAUAAUGUAGGGUGUAAUUACCUUUUGAUCACUCCUAGAAGUGAAAGGGUUCACUAUAAAAGCAUGUCAAAAGUGUCCCCACAUCAUAAAGAUGAGUAAUCAAACAAUUAUGAAAGUUGUAGUUAAUUUCUUUCAUGUUCUUUUCCUGUUGUUCAGCAUGACAAACCAGUCAAAACAUGUCACUGGGUACAGGCACCAAACUACAGCUGUCUUAUGACUGGCAGUUGGGACAAUACACUGAAGUUUUGGGACACUAGAUCAAAUAAUCCCAUGAUGGUUAUAACACUUCCAGAGAGGGUCUACUGUGCAGAUGUGGUGUACCCAAUGGCCAUUAUUGGAACUGCACAGAGAGGAAUAAUUUGUUAUCAGCUGGAGAAUCAGCCAUCAGAAUACAAGAGGAUUGAUUCACCACUGAAGUACCAGGUUUGUAACUUAAAUGAUCUAUCAGUUUAGAAAAGGUGUAAAUAUUAUAACAUAUUGGUAUUAGCCAGGAAUGUAACAGACAAUGAGGGCAUCAGAUUCAGUUUUAAACAACAGCCCUUCCUCCUCUUUCUAUUCAACUUUGUACACCAAAGAAACAAGUCUUUGAGAUUGGAAAGAGGGAUUGUAUUGCUGCCAUAACGACUUCAACAUGGACAAAGUGUGUAAUUCUGCAAACCCCCCUUUAAUGGGGUUCGUGCAUAUGUAUACGCACUGUUACCUAGUAAUGCGUGAUAUAUUUUUUACAUCAUGUUCCACAAGGAGUCUCAGAUGGAAGCUGUGUAGUAAAACCUGUUUCGAUGCGGUCGGAGAAUCUAGGAUAGAUUAAGAAAUUCAAAGUGAACUAUGUCUGGUGUUUUGACUGUAAUUUGGAAAGCUUUAUUUGCUAAGUGGAUAAAGAUAAAGCAGAUUAAGUUAAGAAAAUUGUUUUGAUCUUUGAAAUUCAUAAAGAUUUUGUCCAUGAAAGAUUAUGCAAAUUCACACCUGAAAUUGAAGCAAACCGUAAUUUGAGCUUUUUGUUUUCAUAAGUUUGGGUGAUAUUUAAAAGUAAAAGUUGGUCUUCUUAAAGCGAAGACAUUGUUCACUGAAGGGAAAGGUUUCUUCACUUCCUUUUCCUAUUCAGGCAAUGUUCGAUCCCUGAUCUCUCGUGGAUCACAGACAUGGCGAUUCCACUCUGCAUUUAUUCUGCAGUGUAGUUUACUUCAUCUUGCCUUGAACUGAGUACUAGAGCUUCUGAGUGAUCCAGAUGUCAUGAGGUCAACUCCUUCUCUUUGUCCUUUGCAUUUGACAAAGAGCUCACAUCUCUCGUUUGUGUGAUGAUGAUUAACUAAUAUAGUUAAACAGCUUUGUUUGUCUUUUGCUACUUUCAAAAAUGGUGAUAUGUCAUUUUGAUUGGGACAAUGCUUUUUUAUCAUGAUAUGUGAUUUUGAUUGGGAUGAUGCUUUUUUCUCAUAGAACCGCUGUGUGAGUAUUUUCCGAGAUCCAAAGAAAAACAACCAGCCUGUGGGCUUUGCUCUUGGCUCAGUUGAAGGAAGAGUUGCAAUCCAGUUCAUUCAACCACAAAACCCGUAAGUCCAAGUCAAUUCCUGUUUGCUUGACAUUUUAUAAUCAAAAUGGAACUCUAUGGCUGAAACAAUAGUUUUUUUUUACUUGUAGGAAAGACAACUUUACAUUCAAGUGUCACAGAUCUAACGGAACAGGAAAUGCAAACUAUCAAGACAUUUAUGCUGUAAGUUUAUAAUUAUGAAUACCUAAGUAAGCUUUCUGACAAGAGGAAGGUAUGUGCACCUUUUGAUUGAAUUGUCUAGUGGCAAAAUUCAAUUAUUUGGAUGGAUGUGACGCAGGAAAGCUGCAGCUUUGUAACAUUUUCUCACUGUUGUACUCAUAACCUUGUCAUUGAUUCAUUUUUUUUUAAUAAAAUUAAUGUCUUUGCUGAGGGUGUGAGGUAAUUUUUCAAACAAUUUGUCCAAGACAGUGGGUUAAAUUAAGGAUUGAUAACAGCAAACUUAAACAAUCUCAGUACAUUAUCUGAAAUAAAAUAGUUUUGAAAUUUAAAAGUUGUUUCACAACAUAGCCAUGUCAAAUUUGAAUUGAUAAUAACCUGAUCUAAGGGUAGAAAGGUUUUCCUCACUUUUCAAGAGAAAUGUUCCAGAAAGUCUCUGUUAACUUAAAUAGACUCAGAUUUCCUGCAUCACUUAAAAGCUUUUUCAGUAUUGGAUAUUAUUGUAUGCAAAGGAAAGCAAUCACCAAUUGUUUUAUUUUUCAGGUAAAUAAUAUUGCUUUUCACCCUGUGCAUUGCUGUCUGUUGGCCACUGUAGGAUCAGAUGGAAAGUUUAGUUUCUGGGACAAGGAUGCUCGUACAAAGCUUAAGGUAUGUACUCGUCUAUACUUUGGAAGACUGGAUGCAAGACCUGUCAUUUGCUUUUAUACUCCUUAUGGAAUAGUUUCCUUUUGUCGAUCAUUGAAAUUUUAUCACACACAACAAGAUUGGACAUGAAACAUUAAGCAAAUCUUUUUCAACAAGCAAGCACUGGAGAUGAGAUGGCAGUCAACAAGGUGAACAGCACCAAUUCAACCAAAACUAUCUAAUGUCAGUAUCCAUAAUUUCCAUACUCUGCUUUAUACUUCUCAUUUAGUGCUGAUGAGGAGAAUUUAUUUGACCAUCACAACUUCUUAGGUUGAUGGUCAUUUCCUUUAUUCUUCUUAUCUCAAUGAACAAUUCAGCAGCAUUACUGUAAGGAGAAUUUAGAUGCUGGUUACUCAUGGGGUUUAAAAGGAUAUCCAGUUGUUGGCUUAAUAUUUGAAAAUCUGUAACAGAAAGACUCUCAGCUUCACUCACUAAUUUUUAGAGUGUACAAAUAGUUAUAUUGAAGGUUUUCUUUCUUCUUAAAUACUUUUGUUUUCUUUAUCAGACUUCUGAGCAGCUGACCAUGCCCAUAACGGCCUGUACUUUCAAUUCAAAAGGAAACAUAUUUGCUUACAGCUCUAGCUAUGACUGGUCAAAGGUAAUUAUAGAAUUAUAUACUUCCUUAGUUCUUCAUGAAUGGAUUGGAAAUCGUGAGACUGAACCGCAAUAUUUGUUUCUUUCAAGGGACACGAGUACUUCAACCCCCAACUCAAGCCCAAGAUCUUUCUCAGAAAUUGCACAGAUGAGCUGAAACCCAGGAAAAAAUAAAUAUUAUAAAGGAUGUUGUAGAUCUCUCACUGACUUCUGUGCAAUGAGCAAGUCCUGCAUCAGCCAUCAAGAACUUGGCUUAGUUUAAGAGUACUUGCAUUGAGAUGUAAUCAAAUGAUAGACCAUAUGACAAAGUCAAUGGAAUGGAAAUUAUGUAGCUGUAAAGCAAACAUUAGAUAUCAUGGUUAUCAUGUCUAGUUUAUAGGAAUUACUCUCAGCUCAGAGGGUACGAGUAUUGUAUCACUUAACCCUUUACUCUCUGAUAUCAGCAUGCAUAUUCUCCUUAUUGUUCUGUACACAUUUCUUUUGGUACUGAUAAGGAGAACUCGUUAAAAAAAUCAAAGCUUUUUAAGGUUAGCGUUCAUUUCCUGUAUUCUCAUGAUCUCAAUGAAUUAUUCACCAGUAUCACUGAAAGGCGAAAUUGGAUGCUGGUCACUCUCAGGUGUUAAAGGAUUUAUGUUGAUAUAAUAGAGCAAUAUAAAUGUUGUUCAUAAACUUCUACAUGUACUACGUGAAGAAAAACCUGAAGAUGCGCAGAAAUACAGAAUGUUUUUAAAAAUACUACUUUGCUCGUAGAGAUAUAUUAGAUUUGGCGCUUGAAAGAAAGACACUUCACUCUCGGAAUGCCCCUCUUUAUCUGGAGGAACAUAUAUAUAAUUUCUUAAGCGGAAGUAAAGAUGGCUAGACAUUGGAUAUCUUUUACGUUGUUUUGCUUAUCAACACGAAUUAAAGGUCCAUUAAAACAUAGAAAAGGACACAGGCCAAUGUUCCGCCACCCGCACUACCAAGUUUUGUCGGUAACAGCUGCGGUGUACGGCCAAAAGGUUACUCUAUGAGAUUAAACAAAUUUGUCAUGAUGUUGGUGUGUUUUGUGCUUUCAUUGUUUUGAAACUGCUGGAAAGCGUUCGUCCUCUGAAAGAAAAAACCACCCAGAGUUAGCAAUUAGUAAUGUUGUGUACAUUUGCAAGAAGCGUGACCAAAGUAAGCGUUUUUCUUGCGAUGUCAUUGCAAUAAGUCGUCUAGGUGGAGUGGUCAUAAUCUCACGAGUCGCUUCGUGCAAGCAGAACAGGAAACAUUUCUGUCAUCAACAACACAGUUCUCGCACAAAAACAUUCAGUAUUCUGUAUUCCUUUAGAGUAUUCUUCAUAUUUUAAAUGCUUAGUUCCUCUUCAAAAUAAAUUCGUUUUGGUGAGUUCGUCACAGUCUAUCACCAAGACAAGCUGUCAACAGUAAAUAAAUUUUGUUUGUUCAUCACAGUCUAUCAUUAAGACAAGCUGUCAUGAGCGUCAGGAAGUUAGUACUUUUUUAAGAUCUCGCUUUUUCCCUUCAUUCCACCUUUGGUCCCAUUGCGUACAAAAGUGAACCAUUUGAGUUCGUGAUUGUUCUGUUUUCCUUUUGCGUGCUUGACAGUCUCUUCCGUUUCCUUUGAAUCAGGAGAAACGUGCGUUCGCGUGACUCACAAUUUUCCCAGUUUGCUACGAGGAAACGUAAACUACUGCUACGGAAGCUCGUUG